GUUUGUCAACAAAGACUGUUCCGUCCUCGCUCGUGCUCACUCGUUGAUUUCCGGUAAACAUCGGUACCUCAACAUGGCGAUUGUCUCUUUACGAAACUCCACGUCCACGCUGUUGUUGUUUACCAGACGGCUAUUGAGCCCGGAGCUGAAUGCUCUCUGUUCAUAUCACAUAAAGGUGGUGGACCACUAUGAAAACCCAAGAAAUGUGGGAAAUCUAGACAAAAACGCCAAGAAUGUGGGGACUGGAUUGGUGGGUGCACCAGCCUGUGGCGAUGUAAUGAAACUACAGAUCCAGGUGGAUGAAAAUGGCAAGAUUGUUGAUGCAAAGUUCAAGACAUUCGGCUGCGGAUCAGCCAUUGCUUCCAGCUCUCUUGCGACAGAGUGGGUGAAGGGGAAGUCGGUUGAUGAGGCUCUGAAGAUCAGGAACACUGACAUUGCCAAAGAACUCUGCCUUCCGCCAGUCAAGCUUCAUUGUUCCAUGCUUGCAGAAGAUGCCAUAAAAGCAGCGCUGUCAGACUACAGAAUAAAACAGCAGGACAAAAAGGAGUAACAAGUGCACGCCAGCAGUUAAUGAGUUAUUAACUUGUCAGUCUCAGUACCAGCCAUGUAAUGUUUCUCUGCAGUGCUGUUUGGAAGAUCGGUUACCAUAAUACUACAUCAGGUCUUGCAGCCUCUUCUUGGAUUGAUAAUCCCCUUUAACAAUCUCUUUAAACAUAGCCGAUGUUAAUGGGGUUUCCUACACAUGAAUCAGAAAUUACAGGCCAGGGUGUGUUUUUAUUUUAUUUUUGGCAUUUAGGCAGUAUUUGGCUAUUUGCUGAUCCCACAUGGAGGAUUCCAUUUGUAAAUGCAGCUUAAGUACAUAUACAAAAUCAUGAUACAGAAUACUGUGUGAGACUGUGUGCUUAUUGUGACUCAAGUUAUUAAAAACAUUUUCAGUGCGUCUGUGCCGGUGUCAUCCACCAGAGCCUACAUCAAGCGGCGCCACCCUCUGUUGGCGCAAAAGUACUUUUUUUAGUACGAGCAGCACUGCCAGCAUGAGGAGAGUUACUAAUACGCAUAACGUAACGAGCAGAGAGAUGACCACUGCAGAGUCUUGUUGUGUGAAGGGUUGUGGGUUGCGAGUGGACCAGAGUGCAUCUCUCUUUGUGGAGAGCAAAGAUGGUGUCCCCUCCGCUGAGGUUGCAUUAUUCUGUGGGGUCCGACCUGUGAUGUUGUCUCUGUAUUUCUGUUCCUCAUCAGGGGUAGGAGUAGUGUUUUUUAAAUGGGGUGGGCUGACUGAUUGUGUUUUAUUUAGGGACAAACACUCCUUAUAGGUAAGGGUCUCUAAAGAGUAGUGACUAAGCAACACACGAGUCUUAUGAACAUCUUUGAAAAGAAGUCCCACAGUGGUGUCUUGUGAUUUCCGCCCUGACAAGCUUCCCAAAUACCUCUUGUUUUUAAAUGAGCUUGGUCCUGUGGGCUCCACCGCCAGCGUCUCCAGCUUUCCUUCCAGUGCUGAGUUAAGGUCCAGUUGGUGGCUCCUCUCAUUUGGCUUCAGGACACGAGGACAGAUAGCCAUGACCGAGAGGUUCAGGAGCAGGCGGUGAGCAAGGUGGACCGGCUCGGUGCACACCAGGUCCGUGGCCAUCCUCAGCCGACCGCUCAGCAGCCAGCGGUAAAGAUACAAGAUGUCACACUCGCACACCCACCGGUUGUUGGCGAGGUCCACAGAUCGGAGACGCGACAGGCUGUCAAAGGCGCUCUCUGGGACUGAAAGCAGGCAGUUGCUGUUGAUCUUCAGGACCUGCAGGUUGACCAGGGCAGACAGCGAGGGCAGGUCCAGGACAGAGAUGCAAUUUGCAGAGAGGUCUAAAUGGGUCAGUGAUGGAGGAAGAUUCAGAGGGAGGCUUGUAAGCCUGUUCCCCUUCAGAGUCAGGACCUGUAGCUUGUUUAGACCCAGGAGUGCCCCGGGUUGAAUGGCACGGAUGCGGUUGUCCUCCAGGUCCAGGCGAGUGAGAUUCCCCAGUUGUCGCAGGGCGCCUGAGGUGAUAUAAGUGAUGCGGUUUUCUUGCAGCAGCAGGGACUCCAGGCUUGAGGGCAGGCCGCGUGGGAAGCGGGCCAGCAGGUUAUGACUGAGGCUCAGCACCUGCAGGUCGGAGAAGGGCCGAAGUAGGUGGUCCACGUCACAGAGCUGGUUUCUGGCCACAGAUAGAGCUGAGGUACUGAGAGGGACAGAGCGAGGAAGUGACCUGAGACCCAGGGACUCGCACAAAACCAGGAAUCCUGGGCGAGGACAGCAGCAGCCAGGAGGACAGGGAAACGUUAUGAGGCAGGCUAGAGGACAGAGUACCAGUAGGACACCACAUCGGCACCAAAGCAUGACUCACUGCCAGGAAUAAGGGAGAAGACACAACCGCGUUAGACACUUUUCUCACUUGCUUUAACACAAAGCACCCUUUAUGUAUGGUUUAUAAACUGUAACAAAUGGCUUCAUGUAAACCCGGGACAAAGGGUGACAAUAGAAUACAGUACCAAAAAAUAAAUAAAGGCUUAGCACUUA